UGCACGACAUGCACAUCUUCGUCCCUUUAAUUUUAGUAUUUUGCACGAUCUCGUCUGGUUUUGCGGCUGCAUUUUAUGGUUUCUACGGAGAUUCCGCUCAUCCUGGUAAAUGUGUUAUAAAUGGUUUAAUCUUAUCACCCGGCGAAAUUCAUUACAAUCAAACCAACUGCGAAAAAACUACAUGUGAUGAGAAAACUAUGGUAUAUUUUCUAAGUUGUGGCAUAUAUAAACCACCUAAUGAUUGCAAAUUGGGAGAACCUAUAUAUCCAGAUGCUCCAUAUCCUGACUGUUGCCAACGUCAUGAAAUAUGCAAUGCUAUAGCUGUUGAUGAAUAACAAUAUAAUUAAUCUUUUUAUAACAAACAUU